CCAGAAUGUUUGGAUUUGGUUCUCAGGGUGAAUAUUUAAUAGCUAAAUUGCAACAGCACGGGUAAUUGCUUGUUUGCUUACGGAAAAUCAUCAGCUAGAGGGGAAUUCUUACGCUCGUUGACUAGAAUGUGUGCAGCGAUACAUAUUUAAUGCAUCGUUGCGAUAUGAUUUUGUUGCUGUCCCAAAGAGACAGUCAAUCGUACAAUUCGCGUCAACAAUGUCGCACGUGGUGUUUGACGAGCGGACGAAAAUUUGGCACGGUUCACCCGUAGCGCCACUGUACAACCCGGCCCAAGGGCUCGGGGAGCUGCUGCACCGUCUGCUGGCGCGCACCCCGACCCGGAUCGCUCAAAUCAGUGCCGAUACGGGCCGUUCGCUCACGUACCAGCAGCUGCACCUUGGCCGGUUCGCCCAAUCGUUGACCGGGAGCUGUGGCCUGGCGCGCGGUGAUCUCGUCACACUGGUCGCCCGCAACGGCGACCAGUUGGCGGCGAUCGUGUUCGGUUGCUUUAUGGCCGCCAUUCCGGUCAAUACGCUCGAUCCUACCUUUCGGGCGGAAGAUUACGAGCACAUGCUGCGCACGGUCCCGCCGAAAGCGGUCAUUUGCGAUGGUGAGCUGGUGCCGGCGUUGAAGCAAGCGCUCGAAGCGGUUGCCAUUGCGCCGCAGCUGAUUGUGAUUGGCAAGCGCGUGAAUGGGUACCCGACGGUGGAUGACUUUCUGCUGCCGACCGGGCUGGAGGAGUGUUUCGUUCCCCAGCACGUGGAAGACCCCGCCCGCGAGCUUGCCAUCGUACUGUGCUCGUCCGGCACGACCGGCCUCCCCAAGGGUGUCUGCCUUUCGCACGCCAUCUGCAUCGCGCACACCGCCAGCCUGUGGCGAGCGACCGACUGCGACCGAGUGCUAUGCUUCAGCUCGCUCUACUGGGUGUCGGGGCUGGGCGUACUGCUCAACGCCACCACCGCCGGGGCGACGCGCAUCAUCACGCGCCAAAGCUUCUCCGCCCGGCUGCUGAUCGAUCUGGUGGAGCAGUACCGCAUCACGACCCUGUUCAUGCCGCCGGCACAAGUGUUGGCGCUGCUCGGGGAGGGCACGAUCGGGAUGGCCGACUUUUCCAGCGUGCGGCUCGUGCUGUGCGGUGGCGGUGCCGUGUCCGGUGAGCUGAAAAGCUCGUUCGAAAAGUAUCUCCCACGGCGGCGGGCAAAGUUUAUCGUCGGCUACGGGCUGUCGGAAAUCGGUGGCGGAUGCUUCGCGACCACCGGACCGUACAAAGCGGGUGCAGUUGGGACGCUGAACGCUGGCAUAGAGGCAAAAGUGGUGAAUGAACAGGGCAAUUGCCUGCCGGCCGAGGAGGAAGGUGAACUGUUGGUAAGGGGAAAGUUUGUGUUUCUCGAGUACUACGGCAACGCAUCGGAAACGGCGCAAAUGCUCGACCGGGAGGGUUGGCUUCAUACGGGCGACAUUGCGCGGUACGAUGAGGAGGGGAUGUUUUUUGUGGUCGACCGCCGGAAGGACAUCAUCAAGUACGCCGGGUAUCAGGUCUCACCGAGCGAGCUGGAGGCGAAGAUUAUGGCACUGUUUGCGGGCAGCGUGCUGAUGGUGUGCGUUACCGGGAUUCCAGUGCCGGGGAACGAUCUGCCGGUAGCGCUCGCGGUACGGCAGCAGGAGGGGGCGGUACUGGAGGGACAGGACAUUGUCGAUGGGUUGGCGGAAGUGGUGGCCGAUUUUAAACGGCUUCGUGGGGGAGUGUUUUUUGUGCAAGAGUUACCAAUGACACCGUCCGGGAAGGUUGUGCGUCGUCGGUGCAAGGAGAUGGCGAUAGCACUGUACAAGGAGAAGGAGCAGCGGGAAGAAAGAGGGAGCCCAUAAAAGCCUUGUAUUGAUUUGAUGGUAGCUUUGAGGUCGAUUAUUGAUUUAGGCGUUGGGUAGCAGAUAGAAAUGCACACUUGCACACUGUCGAUC